GGGCGGUAACUUGACGCAGUUGCUAUGAGACAAAUGAAGUUCGUACUCCACAGCUGGCUAUGGCGGAUGUUGUUGAAAAUGACAACAUGAAGAAUUAUCAUAUAGCGUCAGAGAAAAUCGCCCCGGAGAUCAGCCGCUUUCCCUACUGCAUAGUGUGGACACCCAUCCCCGUGCUAUCAUGGCUGUUUCCUUUCAUUGGUCACAUGGGAAUCUGCACUUCCUCUGGAGUUAUCCGGGACUUUGCUGGACCGUACUUUGUCUCGGAAGACAACAUGGCUUUUGGGAGACCUACAAAGUACUGGAUGCUCGACGCGAGUAAAGUCUACGCCAGUGGCUCCAACGCUUGGGACACGGCCGUGCACGACGCCUCAGAGGAGUACAAGCACAGGAUGCACAACCUGUGCUGUGACAACUGUCACUCCCAUGUGGCCAUGGCUCUGAAUCUGAUGCGAUACGAGAACAGCACCUCAUGGAACAUGGUGAACCUCUGCCUUCUCUCAUUCAUCCACGGAAAAUAUGUCGGCUGCGCGGGCGUUCUGAAGACCUGGCUGCCGUUCUUGUUGCUCGUGGGCAUCGUCCUCACAGUUGCUCUCGUCGUCAACAUCCGAUGACCGGGGCAGGGGGCCGGGCAGGGGGCCUGGCGAGGCGGCGGACACGGCGUGCGACAUCCACACGAUCCGCCCCGCCCUCCAUACUGCGGCGCCACGACCAAACACGAACCACCUUUUGAAGAACGGCGUCGCCGCGUCGAGCUACAGUAACCGAGGACCUAAAGCCUGCCUACCUCUGGGAGAGGACUUCCACACAGGAAACGUCUUUAUUUUAUUUUUCUCACUGCAGUGCCGAAGCUGUAAUACCUCAACGAUUGAUAUCCAUUCACACAUAUGCAUUUUUAUGAAUUCCAGCUAUUGUACAUUCGACAAUAACAGCUUCACACUAAUUGUAAAGAA